AUCCGAAAACAACAGAUAUUAAAUUUCUCAUAUUACGAAAGUUCCAGGGGACAAUUCUCUUCAAAAAAUCAGAGGGGAUUAAAGGGCUUCCGAACAGAUAAUUUACCGAAACGAUCUGUUGGGUGCCCCUGACCAUUUUCCUCUGACAAGAAUGCGAUAUGCCCGAUAUUAUGCAGAGAAAUAACCUUAGCACUAUUGAAAUUUGUGAUAUUAAUGUUGGUGUUAGCAUGGCCGGACGAUUUUUUCCGAGACCGAAUACUUUACUGUGCAUUGUCUGGCAAAAGCCGACAAUGGCCGGCGGCCACUUGACACAGGUUAAUCCGCGAAAGCUCUUUCUUAAGACUAGUAUUAUUUAUUUGGUCUAGAACAGAUGUAUAUAAAUCUUUAGUUUCUCAUUUAUCUAUUUGUCUAUAUUUUUUUUCAACUCGGUACGUUUGAGCAGGAAAUUACACUUACAAGAAAACAACAACUUCACUCUAUUGAUACAAUUUCAUACUCAAGUUUUAAAGCUGCUUAAACCGGUAUAAAAAUUCCGUGUAAACGUUAGUGUUUGGCCGUCAUGUCAUAAGGGGCGUCACAGCCUUUAGCCUGUUCACUGUUCGCUUACGAUGUUGGGUAAAAGAGCAGGGGAGCAGGGAUGGCGCAGUGGUGAGAGUGCUCGCCUCCCACCAAUGUCACGUGGCCCGGGUUCGAUUCCGGCCUGAGGCCAUAUGUGGGCUGAGUUUGCUGUUGGUUCCCGCCUUGCUCUAAGGUUUUUUCUCCGGGUUAUCCGGUUUUCCUCCCCCCACAGAAACCAACAUCUCUAAAUUCCAAUUCGACCAGGAUAUAAGACCCGCAUGAAAACUAGCAAAAGGCUAAUUUGGCUUCCUCUCUAAAUAUUGUAAUUUAUUGAAUAAAGAUACUAUUUCCCGACUCUGUGGUAGACAUAAUAAGAAACAAGAUACCGAAGCAGAGUUUGAAGAGAGUGAGGUGGCUGUCAUAGCUAGAGAAGAAAACAACCACGGUAAGCUCAGAAAGAGAAUCCGUGAGGCCUUAGAAAUUCUGUGCCAGUCCCCGACUCUCAAUUGACACCGUGGAUUUGAACUUCCGGCCCUACAGGAAGAUAUUUGUUUACAAACAUUGUUUUGUGAUUUAAAUACUCAAAACGUUAAACUAAAGAAUGCUUUGCUUCGCCAGCCAGUAGUUCUCUGGGUGGCACAUUAAUAACAAUAGGUGACGUCACUGAUAUCUUUGCUGUAAGGGGAUGUUUUGGCACUUGACUUGUUUCACCCAAGCUCACGUAACAAAUAUAUUCCCGCCACAUUCACUUGAGAAAGACGCUGUGCCAGCGUCGAAAGCUUGUAAUGGCUAAAACUUUGACUCUGCUUCGGCAUCUUGUUUCUUAUUAUUGUAAUUUAUCAUUAUUUAGCUUGACGGAGGUAUGGUAGAAGAGAGCAAAUAGAAACAAGCGACCUGCUUCCUUGGUCCCCUCGUGCCUCUUCAGGUUAUUUUUUUUUUCUUUGAACAAACUUAGCUAUAGUGUGUGCUGAAUUAUCGUUCAUUUCUCUUUGACUCUACAGAUAUCUGGAGAGAGGAACGUUCUUGGUGUGAUGUCAGUGGAAUCACCGGCAGUACUGGACACGUGUUUUGCUGAACUUCCUCUUUACCAGACCCUCGGAGACCAGCUUCACUCAACCUUCACAGCUCUUAGACAAUAUGAAGGAUUUGCCUCUGAUGUAAGCGAGAGGGUUGGAAACGAAGAGAAGUACGCGGAACAAAAAUCAAAUCUGAAGAAAGGAUUGUUUUAUUUUCUGACGUUUACUGUGGAAUACGAUUCUGCCAUGACGCAACAAGAUCUUCUAACAAUCUGGGCCGAAGAGGCUAAAGAGGCACUAGAUGCGAAAAAAUCGGGAAUCAUUUUGGACUUGUGGAAAGUUGUAGCGGAACGAAAGGUUCUGGCAGUUGUUUGUGUAGAGGACCCAGCUGAUGUUGACAGAAUGUCAUUGAACCUGCCAAUCAUGAAAAAAAUGGGAAAUAAGGUUCACGUGCAGUGUAAGUCCAUACGGCCGAUAGAGGAAUGGGUAGAGGACCUUAAAAAGCUUGCAGAGUAAACAGAAACACGAUCCAUGACUUAUAACGUGUAAACUCUUCCAUGUUAAAUCUCAUUUAGUAAAUUAGCUGGUACAAUAAAAUGAAUCAAAAAAUACCACGAUCUGCCUGA